UGCUGGGCAAUCAAAAGGAAAGCGGAAAACUCUCUUUGCACCUUUAAUUUGGGGGAUCAGGCUUGCCCGGGACUUCAACCCACGCUUUUUUGUUUACUGUCCAAAAACAGCUGACAACAGAUUUUUCUUCGCUAGAUUUGUUAUAAAAAUAGAACAGCACUGAACGAAGGAAUCAGUCUUGGUCAGCUCACCCAUAUAUAGCUGCUCGGUUUGCCCUUGUUUAAAUUGUGAUUUUUAUACAGUUGAAGUUGUUGUUUAAAGACAGUAGAGAAGGCUUAAAAUGUCUCUACGAAAUCGUCUACUGAAACGGCAAUCUUCUCUAGCCAUCCUGGUUGAGCAAGAAAGGGAAACUUGUGAAUCUACAAGUCGUCCGCCGUCUGAGAUCGAUCAGGGUACUGAAGAGCUAGAUGACGCGCGAGAGACCGAAGAUAUUCCUGCGCCUGGUGAAUCAAACAUAGAGGACGACGAAGUUUUACCCGAGAAUAAAGGCGACGUAGACGAGGACGGAGGUGAUACGGAUGUUCCAGUUUCCAGUGAGGACGAAAAUGAGCCGCUUGCAGUUUCCUUUUCACCGCCUUUGAACAAGAAAACCUUUUCCAUGUUUGUCCGCGAAGGACAAGCACGUGCGGCUGAAGAGGACCCUCCUAUUCGUCUCUCCCGCCGGUUAAUGUCAAUACGGAAAAGAGGAAAAGCUCUGCCGAUGAUUGAUCUGACAGAGGAGUUUGAGUUUUAUGCGGGUGACUUUCUAACCGUUCGAGGAGAGGACAAUGAUUUCUACGUUUGCCGCGUGCUAGAAGAUGUUCCUGAGAGCGCGUCGAACUUCAACGUUGCGUGGUUCAAUAGAGUGGAUGACAAUGUGUACGAGGUUUCUUUUGACGAUGUAUGUCAUAUGGAUUCAGUUAUCACUCGUGUGGCAAUGUCAGAGUUUGAACCAGAAAAGUUUGCAGUCUCCAAGCAGCACAUAAAACAAACCAAGAAACUGUUGAGAGAAUCUCUGGCUGCUGAACAUGGAGAAGAGGACAUGCCUGAAGAAGAAUCUGUGAGUGGUGAGGAAGAUGCAGUUGAUGAGGAAGAAGAUGAGCCAGAUGAGGAUGAACCUCCUGCAAAAAGGACUCGGCGGGGGUCCAAGGCUGCCUCAACCCCUACCCCUCCAAAGAAAGGGAGGAGAGGGCAGAAAAAGACCGCACCCACACCCAAAAAGAGUCCAGGGAAGAAAAGGAAAUCUGCCCAGUCUAAGCCAAAGAAGGAAAAGAAGAAGAAAGAUGUUGCAGAGAAAAAAGAAAAACCAAGGCGUGCUGGAGUUUUGAUUCCUAAUGAAGAUAUUGAACUGCUUGAGAAAGAUCCAACAUUUGAAACAAGAGAUGAUAUUUCCCUGAUGCCUGUCAAAUGGGCAACCAGAGCGGUCUUGCUGAAUGACAUGAAGAUGUUGAAAGAAGUUAUUGAUGACCGAGAAAAUGUUUACUCAGUUCAUUGGCCAAGAAGUCCCGAAGUUCAGUUGGGUGCAAUACAUUAUGCACUUUUAAACCAAAACCAUGAGGCAUUGAAACUCUUGCUGACAGAUUUGAAAAGUCUAGCUACAACAGAGUCAUAUGUGCCACGCAAAAACAAACCUACAGUGUCUUUGAACCGCAUGGAUACUGGAACAUACAACUUUUACACCUUUGGUCAUGCAGUAAGGGAUCUACAUUCCAGCAGAGGAUCCAGACAAGGCAACAAUGCUUUUCUUGAAGAUGAGACUAAAUUUAGGAAAAGGGGCCACGAUCUGUCUGAACUUUUUAACUUCUGCUUCAAAAAAGAAGUUCCACUGGAGACGGUUAAAGUGCUUAUAAGUGAAAUGUGUUCAUUGGAAAAAACAACCCUCCAUGAGGCAGAACAGGAAGGUAUUGACUGUGUCUGGAUUGCCAUCAGGAGUGGAAACAGAAAAGUUGCAGGCUAUUUUGUUGAUAAGGGUGUGGACAAAUUUGGAUUUGGUUUCAACUUUUUGCAUAAAGAGGUUCUUUUGAAUGAUAAUCAAGAGUUGUCCAAGUUUAGAAGCCAGUCUGUAAAGAAAAAGCCCACGGAAAAUAAAGUUAUCUUGCCAAUUCAUGCAGCCUGCAUUAAUCCAAAUGGAGAGUACCUCAAAGCUUUGUUAAACUCAGUACCAGAGUACAGUGUUCCUGACAAAGAUGGCUUCAAACCAGUGCAUUAUGCAGCAGCAUGUGAAGGUCCUGGUCCUCUGAAGGUGUUAUUAGGAAGAGGGGCUGAUCCAAAUGAUCCUGGACCAAGAGGUAUGACACCUUUAAUGAUUGCUUGUAAACAUGGACGAGAGGAGAAUGUCAAAGAGCUUCUAGCAAGUGACAAUCAGGAUGAUGGUGAUGAUGAUGAUGAUGAUGAUGAUGAUGAUGAUGAUGAAUCUAGAGAAGUCUCAACACCCAGGAUUGCAAUUGAUAUUAAGAACAAACCCAGUAUGGCUGCAAUCCACUAUGCCGCUAAAAAUGGGCAUUUGGGCAUCAUCAAGCUGCUUGUUGCUGCAGGUGGUAAUGUUGACCUUCAGACUGGCUCGGCAAGAGGAAACAUGUCGCCAUUGAUGCUGGCUGCUGCUAGAGGGCAUCUAGAUGUUGUAAAAGAACUCAUUAAGCUAAAAGCUUCUCCUGAUAAAAGAGGGAAGUGGAAGAAGACACCCCUUAUGUAUGCUGCAAAGAAUGGCCACUCCCCUAUUGCAGCAUAUCUCCUGAGGCUUGGUGUUGAUCCGUGUGCUGUAGACACAUCUGGAAAUACUCCAGUACACUAUGCAGCAGCUUAUGGCUGGCUACAUUGCUUAAAGAUGCUGAUACAAGCAGGAGGGGAUCCAAAUGCAGCCAACCAGUGGAAGGUCACUCCUUUGGCCAUAGCACUCAUGAAGGAUCAAAUCCCUUGUGCUGAUUAUCUUCUCAGUCUAGAAAAUGUCGAUGUAAAUUUUCCCGAUGACUGUGGACGAACAUUACUCUGUCAAAAGCUCAGCUGCUCAACUCUAAACGAGACCUUAUUGCAGAUGGUUACAUUUCUGGUGGAGAAGAAAGGAGCUGAUGUCAACAAAGCAGAUAUUGAACAGUGCACACCACUUCAUUAUUUGGCUGCUAGCUCCAUUUUUCACAGUCAACCUUGGGAUAGAGAACUGAGAUAUUCCAAACCUCCACUGCUGAAGACAAAUCUUGCUGAUGUGUCAUGUAAGCUUGCCAAGCUCUUUGUAUCAGCUGGAGCAGACUUAAAUGCUCUCAACAAAGAAGGUCAAACACCGAUUAUGGUUGCUGUCCUCCAGAAUAAUUUUCCUCUGAUCGAGACAUUGUUAGAAUUGGGAGCUGAUGGUUCAGCAGGAAAAACUAACGUGAACGGUUCCCAAGUGCUGCAUUUACAAGCAGAAAAGGCUGAUGAUAUCGACCUAUCAGAGCUGUACCCAGAUGCUACAGUUACUUUAUCUGGAAACAAUUGGGAACAGCGAGAACAGCUUCAGAAGCAUUUUAAAUCAUUAGUCAUGAGAGCAAGCAAUGAAAUGAUGGAGAAAUUAAUUGCUGGAGGUGCAGAAGUAAAUUGCAUCAGAUCAGAUGGUCUGACACCCCUUAUGGUUGCACUGUCAAAGUCACAUAUGGACCAGUUUUCGAUGCUUCUGGAUCAUGAGGCAGAUCCCAGCAUAGGACUUACGAGGACUGGGAGAAACAUACUGCACAUGUUAGCCUCCAUAUGCAGCGAGAAUGAUCUGAGGACUUACAUGAAGAUAAUCCUUAGAAAGACCCGUCCAGAAAAUCUUGACCAGAUGGCAAAUGCAGUUGACAACAAUGGCUUCACGCCUGUCCUUCAAGCCUGUGAGACUGUAGCUUCAUCUCCCCCUAGCAAGGAAGGAAUUGAAUUUGUCAAGGAGUUCCUCAAGACUCUGAUUGACAAGUUUGGCUGCAACGUUAAGGCAAGAGUUGAGAAGAUAAACAAAGCCCUAGAUGUACGGCUAAGGAAUCCUGAAACAUUUGGUUUGAAAAAGGAAGAAGGUAAAAAAGUGGGCUCGAAAAGAAAGCCUAGCUCGUGGAGCGAUGAUGUCAGCAACUGUAAUACGCCGAUUAUGACCGACAGUGAUAACAGUGUUGAAUCCAGUGAUGAUACUGAUCACGAUGAAGAUGACAUUGAUGAAAAUCACAUUGCUUCGGAUGGUGCAAAAGACGUCAGUCCUAAUGACGCUGCUGAAGAUUACGGUGUAACAGGACUCUUCUCGUGCCUUCACUUUCUCGUUUAUGAAAGCUGGAAUUUCUAUUCAUUUCUGGAGUUAAUUCUUGGAUACGUGAAAGAAGACAAGUCGCUCAUCAACUCCUUUGACUGUCAUGGGCGCACGCCUCUUCAUUUAGCAGUGAAGUGGGGAAAUACUGGAGCUGCUAAACUUAUGAUCGAGUAUGGUGCUGAUGUAAACAUAAAAUCGCUGAAUGUAAAAGAAGAUGGACGUUCAACCGCUCUGAUUCUGGCUGCACGGCCAGCAAACGUUUCUCUUGUCAUCCUUCAAGCCUUGUUAGAUGCUAAAGCAGAUCCUAAUAUCGCUGAUGAUUCUGGACGUACUGCUUUGUCAUGGGCAGUCACCAACCAACCUGACACCAAUUCCACGCCUUUAAAGCUUUGUGAAGCUUUGCUCGAAGCUGGCGCUGAUGUGAAUACCACGGACCCUAAGAAGCGCACUCCUCUUCAUUACUCGGUUAACUGCACCACUGGAGGCUUUGAGACACUCACCGAAGUGGAGGAUUUGCUGAUCAAGCACGGAGCAAACACAGUAGCGCUGGAUUUACACGAAAGGAUUCCUCUUUAUUAUGGUUUUGUAAAAAUGGGAAAGAGGCACACUGAUUAUAGUAUGUCUGAUCCAAUAUCUAUCGUGAGCUUGCUGUGUGAAGCGAUGGCUGAACAGGGAAAGGAUGUCAAGGCGCAAGUGAAUCAUCGUGACAAGUUUGGACAGACUCCGCUGCACAGGGCAGCACUCAGGGGUGCCACGAUUUGCUCAUUAAAUCUAAUUCAGAAAGGAGCAUCUUUGGAGAUCAAAGACAACGACGGCAACACGCCUUUGUCGCUAGCUUUGCGCGAGAGUCACGAUGGCUGUGCCAUGAUGUUUAUGCAAAGUAACGCACCAGCCUCCUGUUCUGUUAUUAAGCCUCUUACUCCUCAGGAUUGGACUGACUAUGAAAAGGAAAAGGAAAAGUGUAAGUGGGUAUGGGAAAAUGUUGUUGACCUAAAGGAACCCAAACCUGACAUAAGGACAGCUUUUCGUGUUGUCGUAGACAACAACUGGCAGGGAAUCGCUUACUUGAUGCUGGAAGUGGCUGGUUUGGACUUUGUAGAAGCUAUACAGGCAACAAUGGAAUCCAACAAGCUGGACCUUGCAUGGACACUGCUUAGAAAGCAAAGAAAAGAUGCCUCUCUACAGAAACUUGACAAGAAGGGUCGCAACCUGCUGCAUUUGUUGGCUAUUCAUUCUGCAAAACUGUGGACACAGGUGGUGGAAGAGAUAGCCAAUUACCUUGUUCAGAGGGGAGUCCCUGCUGGAGCUGUUGAUUCUCAGGGCGUUACACCUUUGCAUUACGCGGCAUGUAAUCACAACUUGGCCUUCUGCAGGUUUUUAUGGGAACAAUCUCCUUCUUCCGUGGAUGUAGCGGACAAAGAUGGCGUGACUCCAUUUGCUGCCGUGUUCUCCAAAACAGACACUGGAAUCAUAACACUUAUUGAGUUCUUUGUGAGCCCGUCAACGUGUCACGUAACGAAUUUGGAUGUGUGUUAUAAAGUGAGGGAUAACAGCGAAGAAAGCAGCGACACUACAACUCCUCUGAUAGAGGCUGCAGUGUCACUCAGUGAGAAAGUUGUUGUCGAUCUGCUGAGACAUGGAGCUUCCGUAAAUUUUCCUAAGCACAAUGGUCGCACAGCAGUCAUGGAAGCUAUCCGUAACAACACAGUUGACAUGGUGAAAGUGCUGAUUUUUGGCACAGAUGACAGGUCUAUUUGGGCGACAAAAGAGACAACUGAUGUUGAUCUCGCGUUACAAGAUGAAGACGGGAAGUCAGUUCUACAUCAUUGUGUCAACAACAGAAAGUAUGGAUCGGCAGAAAAUGUUGAUUUGGUGAGAUUUCUGGCCGGCUUUGACGCACCUCUUGCGCUCAGAGACUCUGAGGGUCAUACACCUUUGUAUUACGCUAAACAACAGAGGUCUGGGGUUAUGAGAAAAGUAUUGGAAGAACUUCUUCCAGAAGAGGAGGCGUGUAAAGACACAGAAGAGCCAAUGGAUCUUGACUCGGGAUUUAGUUUUGUCACUUCCAGCGAUGAUUUGUGGGAAGGUCCAACACCGGACCCGAAAGAUGAUGCAGCAAAAAUGCUCCAAGAAGCCAAAAAACAGGAUAAACCUGCUGACGAUGACGAUGAAGUCGGUGUAGACCCAGCUUUCAGAAUGGAGGGCGCCGGGAAAGUUUAUGUCGACCCUGAUACAAAUGUUCCCUAUGACAUCCUCAUGUCCAAAGUAGACGUCAAGUACGGAAUGUUUGGAUUAAAUAACUUCUACAAGAUGCAGAUCAUCUACCACAAAGCCAAGGAGCUGUGGGUAUUAUUUAAUCGCUGGGGCCGUGUUGGAGACAAUGGUCAACAUCAGAGGACCCCUUAUAAUGAUGCGAGCAUGGCUACGGCCGAGUUUAAGAAGAUUUUCAAGAGUAAGACUGGAAAUGAGUGGGAAAACAAAGACGAAUUUCAGAAAAAACCCAAGAAGUAUGCCCUGGUGUUGCCGGAAAAGAAUCCAGAGAACAAACGACAGCAAGUAAGCGAGGUUCUAAAGCCAUUUGAGCUGACCAGUUGUCCUGCAUCGCGCCUGAGUAAAGAGCUGCAGUCGUUGCUGAAGAACAUUACCGAUUUUGAAUUGCUCAAGUCCUCAGUGGAUUACGGUUCAUUUCGACUCGAUCUUGACUACAUGCCAUUUGGAAGACUCUCCAACGAAACUAUCGAGAAGGCUCGUGGAAUACUGACAGAAAUUAAAGCUAUUGUGGACACCAUCGAUAGAUAUAAUCUGGUAGGAACAGAAGAGAAGUUUGAAAAGGUUGCCGAGCUCAGUAGCACAUAUUACAUGUUGAUGCCUAUGGCAAGGUAUACAUAUGAAAGGAUAAAACCGUUGAAUCACGCUUCCGACAUCGAGACACACCUGACUGCCCUGUACAAUUUGACUGAACUGGCUCUUGCCAGUAAGAUCUUGUUAGGUGCACAAUAUAGGACUAAAGAGAUAAAUCCGUUGGAUUACGUGUACAAAUCCCUUGGAUGUCACAUAGAAUUGUUGGAUCCAACUUCUGAUGAAUGUCAGCUGAUACUGGAGUACAUACAUAACUCACGUGGAUGUCAAAGCUUUGAAGUUGACGGUAUUUUCAGGGUCUCUCGUUCUGGAGAGGCAGAGCGAUUUGAAUCCUGUGGAGUGCCUGGUAACCACCGGCUACUAUGGCAUGGAACCAAUACAGUCAACAUGAUAGGGAUCCUAAAACAAGGCCUCAGAAUUGCUCCACCGGAGGCUUCCCGCUCAGGGUGGUCCUUAGGAAAGGGAAUCUACACAUCUGACAGUCUGGAUAAGAGCAUGGGUUAUGUUAGUCGUAGAAGAGAUGGUGCUGCAUUUGUCUUUCUUUGUGAGGUUGCUCUUGGUAACGUGAAAAGCGUAGACGAUCGUGAUUAUUACGAGAGUGCUCCCGAGGGAUUUGACAGCGUGUUAUUGACCAGCAGUGAGGUCCCGGAUCCAAGUGAAGAUGUCACCACUCCAUACGGCGCUGUUGUCCCUGCAGGAGUGCGUAUCACGCAGAACAGUGAAGUUUACAAUAGCCAUAGCGAGUAUGUCGUGUACAAGGAGUCCCAAGUCUUGAUUCGUUACAUAGUGCAGCUGAAGACUACACGACGGAGUUAUCAAUCAUAUCGAUUUUAAAUCCAAGAGUGUCUUUUUCUUGGACGAAACCGCACCUAGUUACAUGACACAUAUUUCCAGGGCGAGAGGAGCAAUGGGGUAACCUUAAAUGAAUAAAGGGGUGGCGGGGGGGGGGGGGGGAUAAGUUUCACAAGAACCUGUGGUACUGCCUUAAUAGGAGCCAUUACAAGUUACGCAGUAAUUUGGUUUGAUCAACUGAGUUGAUAAAGUAAACUGGCCACCGUAAAGAGUUUCUUAAGUUGAGCAAGUUGCUUUCCUCUCUGAAAGUUAUAACUUAAGCUCUUUUUUUCGGUUCAGGGUCACUUUUAGCUUCAUUCUUCAAGUAUCUCAUAAAGUAUUUGGCGAUUUAUUUGCUUCAAUUUUAAAGUCCGUCUUCUCUCUUUGCUUGUUGAAACGACUGUUAAAGUUAGUGCUCUUCCGGAAAUAAUCUCUACAUUGCUAAUUAAUCGUUAAGUUUCAACAACACUUUAUCCUAAACCAAGCAGUUCUUGUGUCAUUGUGCUACUUUUAUAACAGUGCUUUGACACAGAUUUAUAUUUGAUCGAUUUAUGCCCCCUCGAGAUGAAGUUAAACAGUCAUUCAAAGCAUCCCCUUUUUAAAAUUUUAAUUUCUGGUCAGUAGUCAUCGAGCCCAUUAAGGAAAACAGAACUCAACGUAUAGUCUCGUAGUUUUUAUGACUUCUCUUUAUACUUAGGUUGUUCAUUAAUAAUUGUUAAAUUUAGUUGGUGGUCGUGAAUCACAACAGUGUGGUAGUUAAGUUUUAGUUAGGGUUAUUUGAAUCUGAACAAUUUUGGAAAACUUACAAGCUGAGCAAAAUCAGCGUUUGAUCUCCGUGAUCAAUAAUGCAGGUGAUCUAAAAGUAAUAUUUAAGAAGAUUUUGAUUGUUCAUUAAGGCAAAGCACAAUAAUUAUUAAGUAAUAUUGGUUUUCCCACGAUGUUGUCUCUUUGGGGACGACAUUUUUAGUUAAUCAAUCCGCCCAUAAGAUUUAUAACCGGGUAGUAAUUUUGCCAAUUUAUUUGAGUCAGAAUCUCUUUUAUGUUUUGGCCCUAUUAUUAUUAUCAUUUUUUUUUUUUUUUUUCAAUCUUUGAAUAUUUUACACUUAUUUUUAAACUUAUUCAUAUAGGAUAAUUAUGUGUCUUAAAUCCAUAUACAACCAUAGCCAAGGAACAAAAUCUUAGGGAAGAUGGAAUGAUAAUACGAAAAAUAAAGUGCUUUAACCUUG